GAGCGCAGGACGCAGGACGCGGGGCGGUCGCCGACAGGGCUCGGGCGGCUGGCGGUGGGCGCAGGCUCCCCGGUGCCCGCCCCUCCGCUUGGGGGGGUCGCAAGCGGGCGGCCGGGGAGGGGCCGGCACCGCCGCGGCAAAAUGAGCCUGCUGUCGGCCAUCGACACGAGCGCCGCCUCGGUAUACCAGCCGGCCCAACUGCUCAACUGGGUCUACCUGUCGCUGCAGGACACUCACCAAACCAGCGCCUUCGAUGCUUUCCGGCCGGAGCCCACAGCCGCCGCCGCACCGCCGGAGCUGGCCUUCGGCAAGGGCCGCCCAGAGCAACUGGGCUCGCCCUUGCACUCCAGCUAUCUCAACAGCUUUUUCCAGCUGCAGCGGGGAGAGGCGCUGAGUAGCAGCGUGUACAAGAGCGCCUCACCCUACGGCUCCCUCAACAACAUUGCUGAUGGCCUCAGCUCCCUCACUGAGCACUUCUCUGACCUGACUCUCACCUCUGAGGCCCGCAAGCCCAGCAAGCGGCCCCCGCCCAACUACCUGUGCCACCUGUGCUUCAACAAAGGACAUUACAUCAAGGACUGCCCCCAGGCACGCCCCAAGGGCGAGGGUCUGACUCCGUACCAAGGUAAGAAGCGCUGCUUUGGCGAGUACAAGUGUCCCAAGUGCAAGAGAAAAUGGAUGAGCGGAAACUCCUGGGCCAACAUGGGGCAGGAGUGCAUCAAAUGCCACAUCAAUGUGUACCCGCACAAACAGGCUGGAGGCCAGACAGGAGGCCAGUCAUCUGAAAGCCCUAAAGGGCUUUGGUCACUUGUCCACAGAGGACAAACCAGGUCUGUGCUUUGUGGUUGAAGGCUAGAAACAGAGGGAUGGGUUUUACGACCGCUGGCCUAGAACCCACAGUCCCCCUCUUUGCUUUCUAGAAUCUUCUGACUCUUGCUCAGACUGCUCUCAGUGUCUGCUUGGGACCAGAACAGCGCUGACCCUCAACAGCCCUCCCAGCCCUGUCCUGGCCAUCCUAGGCUGGGAUCUGCCUCCACAGCCCCCUUGUCCCAUCCCAGCUGUAGUUCUUGCCACCCUUUCCUCCACACGUGGCUCCCAGAUGGCUCUGACCCACCCCCCCUUUGACUUCCCCCCCAAGCAGGGGACCCCUCUGUAGGCAAGGCGGGGGCUGGAGAGAAAGCAACAUCUCUGUGAGCCAGCCAAGAAACUGUCUGCUCAGGAGGUGUUCUGCAAGGCCUCCAUAAAUUUUGCCGGGAAAUAAGUCUCUGCUGGCUUUUGAGAGCCAGGAAAGGAGGGAAAGAGGGACAGGGAAGCCCCUACCCAACAGAACUGCUUGUGUCUGCACCUUAUGUUGCCCAGUUCACAAGCACUUGGACGUCCUUCUGGAGCCUCAUACUUUGCAAGCAGGGUGCUAUGAAUAGGCCCACUUUAUAGAUGUGGAAACUGAGACUCUCUGUGGUCACAUAGUGAGUGAGUGCCGUCAUAAACCUGGCGAGUCACCUUUUCACUGUCAGAAAACUGUGGUCCCAUUUAUGUAGCCGCUCAACACACAGGGCAGGUGCUGGGCUGGCCCGGCCCUGGGAUGUGGGGUCACUUGCAACCCCGGCUGCUGACCUUCUGGAGCUAGUGACUCACUCUCCAGAAGCCUGAAGCACUGUGACUGUGUCCAGGUUAAGCUUCCCUUACAUCCGGAGGCUGCACUGGCAGGCGUGACAGUGACAAGUGGCUGGAAGCACAGGAUACUGGGAAUCAGGAGAUGUAGGUUUGGGUCUGCCUUACUCUGGGCCUCAGUUUCCUCAUCUAGACCAUCUGUACCCUUGUCCCUCCUCUAUGCUGGACUUCGGUGAGCUUUAGGUGGUGGCUGCUCAGAAAGUACUGGACCAGAGCAAAGCAGUGCCUGUGCCUGGGGUUCUGGGGACAGGACUGCCUCCCAGAACUCUGGGCCUAGCUCAGGGCCUCAGCCUGUGCCACCCAGAACAAGAGGCAGGAGGGCCCUGGACGCGUUGGUCAAAACAACCUAUGCCUACAAGUGCAUGCUCUCUCUCUCCUGUAUGUGUGUCUGUCUGCUGCUCUGUCUGCACCCCCUCCCUGUGGAUCUGUCUCUUCUCUCUGUACGUGUCUCUUUCUAUCCCCCUUUGGGCCCCCUUCUUCUUUCUCUGCAGAGACCCCUGGAGAAGCCUGAUGGGCUGGACGUGUCUGACCAGAGCAAGGAGCACCCGCAGCACCUCUGUGAAAAGUGCAAG